AUGAAUGGUGCUUUGACUUCGCCCAACUACGGUCGAGGAAACACCUACGAUCCUUCAUCCGAUUGCAGCUUUGUUUUGGACAAUGAGGGACACUUCAUCUACGAGAUCGCCAUCAGUGACAUUGACAUUCCUUCACAAGAUCCAAAUUGCAGCUCCUACCUGGCCAUCUACGACUCUUCCUCCGAAGAAGAGGGCCGCCUGAUGACGCGAGGCUACCCGAACAGCUACACCUCACUGAUUGAGUGCAUUUGGGUGCUGAAGGCGUCUCCCGGCAACAGAUAUGAGCUUGCCUUUGAUGACUUUGAACUGGAGGAGAGUGACUACUGCAAUGGCGACUACGUGGAAAUUCGCCAGGGCAACUCCAGUGGGCCGCUGAUUGGCGAUCGCCGCCUCUGUGGAAAAGAGAAAAACAAUCUGCCCAGUUUAGAUACGGCCUUCUCCGGCGACGUUUGGAUCAAGUUUAGAACUGACGAGGCAAACGUUGCUAAAGGCUUUAUGCUGCACUUUAAGCUGGCCUCCAAUGUUGUUCUCAGCGGAGAGACGGGGCAGAUUUCAUCUCCAGGUAAUUUUACCGAUCCAAACGGCAUCAUCAGCUCUGAAGAUGCGAAGGAUGGCUACAGUCAGGAGGAUAACGUGCAGUGCUCAUGGCUCGUAAAAGUCCGCCCUGGAAGAACUAUUCAGGUGUUUUUGGAGUACUACACCAUUGGAUAUGCUUCACCUAAAUGCGCCUUCUCUCAAGGUUAUCUGGAGAUUAGAAAUGGUCACUCGGACGACUCACCACUGCUUGUGGAGCGACUUUGUGGCGGCAACAGUACCGGUUUUGUCCUUCCAGAGACCUCAAGCAACGUCGCUCAUAUCACCUACAAGUCUACUUCUAAACAAAAUAGUUUCCGCCUUGCAUACAAGGAGAUUGGCAUUGAAUGCGGUGGUGAGCUGGUGAUUCACUCAAUGACCGACUCGGUGGUGGUCUCCUCUCCAGGCUACCCGGCCAGUCCUGAACAUGGCGACCUAGUAUGCGACUACAUCAUCCGCGGCCCCAUUACCUCCGGUCUGCUGCUCUCCUUCAGCAAUGAGCAGUACUCCCCCUGUGAUAAGAACAACACCUUCUUGGAGGUCUACUCAGGAGGCACUGAGCUGUCCAGCCUCAUUGACCGCUUCUGCAUGCCCACCUACCGCCAGGACUCGGUGGUGAUCAACAGUCACAUCACGCUGCUGCGAUACGUUCUUAAAAGCCGCGAUUUUCGUUCCAAGUUUAACGCCACCGUAAGGCCAGAUAACUGCAAUCGAGAGUUUUUUGUCAGCGGACCAGCUGACAAGCUGCAGCUGCCCUUUGCCGGCAAGGCUCUGGUGGGGCCCAACUUUCAGUGCUCCCUGCACCUUCGCACUCAUCCCAGUUACUACAUUGUCGCCAAUAUCACCUCCAUUAACCUUCAAGGCAGUGACUGCUCUUCAGGCGACGUCAUCGAGUUUCGAGACUCUCCCACUGCCAAGUACUCCUUCGAGCGUCGCUGUGCACCGCACAACAGCACCAGCAGCAAUGUGAUCCCCACGCUGAACUCCUUUCAGAAUGAGCUCUUCAUCUCCUUUCAGCGGAAAAACUACCGACCAAAUGCCACCGAUAACAGUGGUGCACUGCAGAAGAAGAAUAUAAGCGGCAAUUUGUACAUGAAGCGAAACAUGGCGCAGACUUAUGGUUGCUCAAAUGAAGUUCCGCCUGACUUUACUUCUCUGUCAAACAUGAUGGAGCUGUACUUUUUCGCUUCAGAACUCAAACCCCGAGAAGGGUUUAAUAUAAGAUAUGAAAUGGUUCCUUCGAAUGAAUCCUGCAGUGGCCUACUAGACCUUCCGCAUGGUCAGGUGAUCUCUGCCAACUUUGACAAUCUCAAUUACACUGGACUAAUUGGCUGUGCUUGGGAAAUAAAGGCCGGCAGUAAUCAGUCAGCGACGCUGGUUAUUGAUACUUUUGAUGUGGCUGGGGACUGUAGCAACACCUCCAUCACUACAACUACCGUUACAGGCGAUCCACAUUAUCAGUUUUCAAGUUUCAACUGUAUUACCAAGGAAAUUGCCCCACAAACAACUAAAGUGAAAUACAUCAUGCCAGUGUACUCACGUUCUGAGAAUGCCAAUCCGAUCAUUCUCUUAUCCUUCAACCGUACUGACGUCGGCAUAUCAAGAGGUCUUCGAGGAGAGUACUUUAUCACCAAAAAUUGUGGUGGAUUUUUUACCGACUUUGUAGGAGAAUUCACGUCGCCAAACUAUCCAAGCGAUUUAGGAGCUGAAGUUUUCUGCAAUUGGUAUUUCCGCAUCAGCGAAGGGGCAAUGGAGGGCUCAAACUUUAAUGGAUACCGCUUAAUUUUCACUGAGUUUGACAUUGGAGAAAACUGCGAUGAAGAUUACUUUUUUAUUCUAAAACCGCGAUACGAGCAGCACUCUCGUGAAAAGUUCUGCCGGAGAGACGGACUUCCGAAGCCAAUAUACGUCGGUCACGACCUACUGCUGUCCUUUGUUAGCAGUGGAAAUCUCUCGCUUUCUGGUGGCAGUUCAUCUCAAUCAUCGUCAACUAGUAGUAGUGGCUCAUUGAAGAAGUUCAAGUUUCGCCUAGAGCGGGCUCAGCAUGGCUGUGGCGGGGUGAUGCUCGCCGGAAUGAACCCCGCCGCGGGAAGCUUCAUUCAGUCGCCCAACUACGCCAACGCCAGUGACACCUUCAGCACCAGUCGACAGUACUCCUCGAACAUUGAGUGUGUUUGGGAGAUACGAAGCCUGCCCGACUUUCAUCUGGAGUUCAACUUUAACGCUCGUUUUGACCUGGAAGAGUCGGCCAACUGCUCGAAUGACUUUCUUCUCUUUGAAGAGAAACAGCUGGAGUUUGUUGAAGGCGAUCGUGAAGUAGAAAAAUGGAAGGUGCUGAAACGACUGUGCGGCCACAAGACGCCAGGUCAGAUUAUCUCCUCGACGAACGUCAUUCGAGUCACAUUUCGCACCAAUGAGAAGGUGGUCGGCGACGGUUUCUCUGUUCAGUUCAAGCAGGCUUGCGGUGGACUCUUUCAGGAGGAGAAGGGCACCAUUACCAGUCCUCGCUACAACGAGGGUGCCUACAGCAAUCAGCUGUCCUGUCUCUAUCGAAUCGAGCGCGCACCGCACGAGUACAUCAGCGUCACCUUUGAGGACUUUGACCUGGAGUACCACUCCAGCUGCAUCUUUGACCGAGUCUUCAUCUACUCGGGGGGCUCUCAUCAGAACAAGAGCACGCCGCGUAGUGGGCCCUUCUGCGGGAACUCCCUUCCGCCGGCAGUGUCUGCCCUGGGCGCGCUUGAGGUGCAGUUCAAGAGCGACUACUACUUCAACAAGCGCGGUUUCAAGUUUAGCUACGCGGUGACCAGUUGCGGCGGCAACAUCACCGCCGGCGGCGGCUCAUCCUCAGGGGGCGGCACCAUCGUGGGGCCGGAAAUUCCGCCCAACUUUGGCUACAAGACCUGCGUCUGGCGGAUAACAGCGCCCGAGGUGGGCAACUCCGUGGCGGUGCGCAUCAUCGCGCUGGAGCUGGCGAAUGAGCACUGCCGUUCGGAGUGCUGCAACUACCUGAAGGUGUACGACAGCGCCUACCUCAACUACCAGCACACCAGUCAGCUGGGCUACCUGUGCGCCGAUGACCACCAGGACCUGACCUUCAAGUCGUCGGGCAACGACCUGUCGAUUGUCUUUCGGCAGGGGGUGCUGGAGGCGGCGGACAAGGCGGCCUCCUUCCGACUGGUCUACUGGUCGACGCCCGGGCCAAAGGCAGGCUGCGGCGGAACGGUGGUGCUCUCUGCUGGUAGUGGUGGACCAUCGCGGGACGGUGGCCAGGAGGUGGGCGUGAUCACCUCGCCGGACGUGGACGGCGACUCCAACUACGAGCCCAACCUGAGCUGCCUGUGGUCGGUGAAGGGCGGCGACUCUGCGACCAGCAUUCUCCAGCUGGAGUUUGAGCGCUUCGACGUGGAGGCGGGCACAAACGAUAGCACAGCCCGCUGCGACAAUGACUGGCUCGAUGUGCUUGACGGGACGACGAUGCACGCGCCGCUGCUCGCCCGGCUUUGCGGCUCGGGCAUUGUGCCGGAGAAGCUGCAGUCGUCGGGCGAGUCGCUGCUGCUGCACUUUGUCAGCAAUGACAACAAUGUCACGGGACAUGGCUUCAGACUGAGGUACUCGGCUCUGAAUCAGACUUGUGGCGGGUUCCUCUACGCCGAAGACGACAAAAAGGAGCUCACCUCACCGGGCUACCCCUCCGGUGGCUACAGCACCCCGCAGCAGUGCACCUGGACGCUGGGCACCAGUUCGGCGUACUACAAGAAGCCGGUGGUGCUGAUCUUCACGGAGCUAGACCUGAACUGCAGCCGCGGCGACUACGUGCAGCUGGUGGAGAAGCGAAACUACGGCUAUGACCGAGUGGUUGGCAAGGCGAUCACGCUGUGCACCUCCGCCAGCCCGGUGAAGAUUAUCACCACCGAGCAGAUUAGUCUCACCUUUCGCGCCGACACCACGGCGGCGGCCAGACAGAGCAUCAGCUAUGACAACCAGGUGUUUGCCAACAGCCAACUGGCUGAUGGAAGGCUGAAGAGCCAGUACCGAGGCUUUCGAAUGACCUACCACUCGACGCUGUGCAAUGAGACGCUGGACGGCAUGGACAGCGGCUACGCCUACAAUCGCUACUGGCCUAAUGCCGAUUACAUUCACCGCACCAGCAGCUGCACCAUUCGGGUUGUCGUGCCGCCGGGCCACCAGAUUGCGCUCUACUUCUCGGCCUUUUCCUUCUACCACUGCCACUACUCGAACUUCACCAUCUUCGAGGGCAACUCCUCGCUGGCCAAGGCCAUCUACUGCAACAUGAGGACGCCGCCCAGCCCCUUCUUCUCCACCUCGAACAACCUGACGCUGGUCAUUCGCUCCAGCUACAUGUCCCUGCCCGACCCUGACUACUCCAAGCCGGCGUACACUCUCAAUCGAGUUCAGUACUCCUUCAACUACCUGUCCUCGCCUCGGGCCGCCGGCCCUCCUGGCUGUGGUGGCAACCUGACCGGACUGUCCGGCGUCUUCAGCAGUCCGCUCUACCCGAAUCCGCUCACGGAGGAGCGUGUUUGCGCCUGGCGCCUGGACUCCAAUGGUUACCACUCGCUGACGCUGAAGUUUAGCUUCUUUCAGCUGUCGGCGAGCUGUGAUGCCAACUAUGUGGUGGUUUACGAUGGCGACGAGGACGUGGAGGACCGAAAGCUGGCCACAUUCUGCAACUCUGAUACACCAGCGCCAAUUCGCAGCCAAUCAAGUAGACUGCUAGUGAAGCUCUACACAACAACCAGCAACUACGAUGUCGGUUUUCUGGCCUCUUAUUCAGUAAACACUUACGCAUUCAUGUGCCAUCACUCCGUUCCUGGCAUGCUGACGCCCAUCGACAAGAAGCAGAGCCUCAACAUCGGCCUCAUAGUAGUGUACGUCCUGGUGCUGAUCGUCUACUACCUCAUCACCAUGACGGGCAUCUUCGCCUUUGACGAAAUCGAAGACGUCUACACGCUGAACUUUGUGAUGAACCCCUGUGGCCUGGCCAACGACACCAAUCUGGCGAAGCAGGACGCGAACAUCGUCUUCCUCAACGUCUUCCUGCCCUCCUAUCCGGUCUUCACCAUCUUCUCCUCCUACACCGUCAUCGCGCUGACGCUGAUCAACAACCUGAAGAUAGUGCUGGCCUUCUGGGUGGACGCCGAGCAGCCGGCGCUCAAGUACACCUACCCGCUGAUCGCCAUCGUCCCGCCGCUGGUGGUGUCCGUCUUCACCGAAAACGUCGCCCUGGUCGUCUCGCUGGUGGGCGCCUACACCGGCAGUCUCAUUCAGUACGUCUUUCCCACGCUGCUCGUCUACUACUCGCGCCGGGCCGUUCAGGAGAAGUACCUGGCGCCGUACCUGCUCAGGGAGUCCCAGCAGCAGCAGCAGGAGAAGGCACUCUCCCAGGGAGGCACGGAGCUCCCUCAGGCGGAAACGGCUACCAGCACUGCUACCACCAGCAUCAAGAGCGGAAACAGCAGCGGCAAGCAACGCAAGAAAAAGUCGACGAAGAGCGACAAGAAGGCGUCUGACCAAAUAGCCGCCCAAGUGCAGCAACUGUACUACGGGAGCAAUGCCUUUGCGUCGCCCUUCCAGCACCGGUACUACGUCUACGGCACCGCCGUCUGGUGGGUCUUCUCGGUGAUCAUGGUUACCGUUGAUCAGGUGAUCAAAAACCUGCCCCACCAUGAGAAGUAA